AUGUCUAGCCCAGAGUCCCAGCAGCCUUCUCCCUCAGACACUCAGGUUCAGCCCAGGAGCUUGGGCCCCUGUCCAGUGGCUACUUCCCCAGUGGUCCCACCCCGCCUAGCUCAGGGACGCUUGGAGUCUUCCUUCUCUGUUGAGGCUAUCCUGGCAAGACCUGAAACCUGUGAGCCGGCUGCCACCCCUCUGCCGCUCUCUACCUGCACCAGUCUGAACCUCAGCUCUGUGUCGCAGUACCCGGUCCUGCCCUGGGUGUGCUCUGCAGCCACUUGGCUGCCCGCCUACCUAAGCAUGGACAUCUACCCGCUGUGCUCCACGUCCUGCGUGCCAGGACUGAACGUGGCUCGCCUCCUGUGCCAGCAGGGCCUCAGCCUCACAGGCUCAGAGAUGCCUUACUGUUCAGGCCUCUGGAGCCCCCUGGAAUGGGCACCUACGGUGGACCUGAAGGACGCCGAGAGACACCGAAAGAGGGUUCGUACAAUGUUUAACUUGCAGCAGCUGGAAGAGUUGGAGAAGGCAUUUGCAAAGCAGCACAACCUGGUGGGAAAGAAGAGAGCCCAGCUUGCUGCCAGGCUGCACUUGACGGAGAACCAGGUGAGGAUCUGGUUCCAGAAUCGUAGGGUGAAGUACCAGAAGCAGCAAAAACUGAAUUUACCUUCCUCCUCUGCCACGGAAGAGCCUUCUAGCAGCUCAGAUGGCAGCAUACAGAAUGAAGAUGCUAAGUCAGGAACUGGCAGUUACGGACCAAGGAAGAGGCUCUAG